AUGUCUGAUUCAGCCAGCACCGCAGCCACUGCUGCCCAACAAGGUAAGAGCGUAGCUAGUAGGUCCCCCAAGGCGAAGAGUGAUACUCCCCUUCAACUAAAGUCCGUUGCUCUUGGCCUCUAUUCUGAGAACGGCGAUACGAAACAAGGCACUACUAAGAAUAACAAAGAGCCGUCUUCUGAAAGGCUUCAUCCCUUAACCAACAAAACUCCUCCCAAAGAUAUAAGCCAUUCUGUAUCCGCAAAAACGGUCGUCAAUGUCGGUCACAGCUGUGGGACGUGUAAGUCAGUGGAUAAUAGCCGAAUGGUACAGUGCAACGAUUGUGAUGAGUGGAACCAUUUUAGUUGCGUGGGUGUGAAACGAAGUGUUGAGAGUAAGAAGUGGAACUGUGCAAAGUGCAGAGUGAAUAAGAAGAAGGCGGGUGCUACAAGGGUUGCCAGGAACACUGCUACAGCGAAGGAGGCCGUAAAUUCAAAGCCGGAGAAAACCAGCGGCGUGAAGAAGACCAAAACUUCAUCUGCAACGAAGGAGAUGGAGAAUUGGAAAUCGAGGAAACCCGUGGGAACAACGAAACCAUCGAAAGCUGCUUCGGUGAAGUCUGUGGGAUCAAGAAAAUCAGCGAAAGAGCAUCUAGAGUUGCAGCUACGUAAGAUCGAUGCGGAACAGACGUUGCUCGAGGAAAAGAAGAAGUUGAUGGAGAAACACUUCAGCAUUCUCGAAGAGCUAGUCGAUCUCGAAGAUGAAGAAGCAGUCGAAGAAGAGGUGGACGCUGAUACCAAGGUGCAGAGCUGGUUGGGCGCCGCUGGUGGCGAGCGCAACGAAGAAGAACCAUAUUCUACGAGUGAAGAAGAAGAUUGCGAGAACGAUGAAGAAGGUGAAGGCUUCGAAGAAACGGAUUCCAGCGAUGAUUCUGAUGAAAAGGAUCAGGAAGAUAGCAGCGAUGAUUCCACGGAGGACGAGUUAGACGGGAACAAUGAUUACACGUUCAAUCUCAAGGGUCGUUCUACGCCAGCGAAGAAAGGCGAAAGCAAACUGAAAAAGACCACCAGCAACCGGUCGAACCAUAGCCUGACGCGUAAUCAACUCGCUGCCCGCCACGUAGUUGCAAAGGACCUGCCCAUCUUCUCAGGGAAUCCCGAAGAAUAG